UUCCUCAUUGUUCCUGCAAUUGUGGGUAGUGCCCUUCUCCACCGACUUUCUGAUGAUCGAUGGGAAAAGAUAACAGCAUGGAUGUAUGGCAUGGGGCUCUGCGCACUCUUCAUUGUCUCCACAGUAUUUCAUAUCGUUUCUUGGAAAAAGAGUCACUUAAGGACAAUGGAGCAUUGCUUUCACAUGUGUGACAGAAUGAUGAUCUAUGUCUUUAUUGCGGCAUCAUAUGCACCAUGGUUAAAUCUACGUGAGCUUGGACCUCUAGCAUCUCACAUGCGUUGGCUUAUCUGGCUGAUGGCUGCUGGAGGAACCAUUUAUGUAUUUCUCUACCAUGAAAAGUAUAAGAUUGUUGAACUCUUUUUCUAUUUAGCGAUGGGAUUUUCUCCUGCUCUAGUAGUGACAUCCAUGAGCAACACCGAUGGACUUCAGGAGGUUGCCUGGGGAGGCUUGAUAUAUUGUCUGGGUGUGGUGUUCUUCAAAAGCGAUGGAGUCAUUCCGUUUGCCCAUGCCAUCUGGCACUUAUUUGUGGCCACAGCAGCUGCUGUUCAUUACUAUGCCAUUUGGAAGUACCUUUACAGAAGUCCUGCAGACAUAAUUCGACACUUGUGAGAUAUAUACAUAUAAAAAAAAUAAUCUGCACUUGGCCUCUGUAACAGUAUUAUUUGACUUAAGGAAUUUGGGGAAAUUGGAAAAUUGCACAGAAAAACUGCACUGACUUUGGUAGUUCUCUGAACACAAUUACUGUGAACUGAUGUUGUAUGUGUCCUGCCAUUGCCCAUCAUAUGGCAAGUGCUGUAAAUAACCAAGAUACUGUACUGCAGUACCAAGAGUUCAUUCCAUGUUACUAGAACUGGCUACCUGAUGUUUACAAAUAAAUUUUGUAUUCUAGUUUAAUUUUACAAUUUUUAACUACAUGAAUUUUUCUAAAUUAGUGAUUCAAAUGGUGAAGUCAGUGCAAUAGCGAAAAUGUAACUCUUGAUUUGAAGUCACCUUUCCGCUAGUCAUUUCUUAAACAUGAAUCACAGACAAAUAAUCUACUUUUACCACCCAUUAUCUUGGUAUAAUGUGAUUUUUAUAGAAAUUUUUUGUGUUUUU